UCGGUUGACCAGCUGUGAUACAGAGUUGCCAAGCAGCUCACGUACUGCGCAGGUAAACAAGAACAAAAAGAGAAAACAUGGAUUGUGCACCGCUAAAUUUGGCGCAUUUCCACGAACGUCGCUCAGAGCGCUUCAUACGCCACCAUCGUUAUGAAGACGCCAUAAAAGCUCUGGAGACUUCUCUAAUCUACAUACAAGAUGCAUACAAAAAUGUUCAAAUGGCAAAAUCGAAAGAAGUGCUCGAUACCUUAACGCUUGACUUUCAGCGCAAGCUUCGGCAAAUCGAGAUGCGUAAAACACAAUAUGGACUCACAAAGAUGAAAGACUUCGUGCAGCUGAAGGAGACAAGUCCCAUGCUACCAUUGCGGCCAGAGCAGGGAGUAGGGUCAGCCCAGUCUGUGGCCAAGGCCAUCGACAAAACCGUACAGGACUUUGAUGCCAAGUUCACCUCGACGAUUGAACGAAAAGUGACGCCUUCGUUAGUGGAACUGAAAGUGGAGACCAUGAUCCAAAGCGACCCUCAAUCAGAAAGUCAAGAGUUCCAUAGCCUGUCCACACUUGACCGCAGCUCAGAGAAUGAGAUGCCUUCACUAACUCCAUUAGAGUUACCCACAUUUGAUUACACCAUGUUUACGAGCUCGUCAGCUCCGUCUCUGGCCAGCUACGUCGGCAUGGCCGAGAGCAAUCAAAAGUAACUUGUGAUAAUUAAAAAUAAAUAGUUUAGUUUGUA